AUGGCGAUGAAGACUUCACAUGUUCCUUUGUUUCGUCUUCUUCUUUGCCUAAUCUUUAUGAUUGGUCUUGUAGGAGCUAAAAUACCAGGUGACAAAAUGGGUCCGGACAUAAGUACUCCACCCUCAGGAUCAUGUGGAGCUUCUAGUCUCGAAGACAAUUCACCACCACAAACACUAGCUAGAAGACCACCAUGUAAACGUUCUCGACUCCACUAUAACCCAGAAGAUGUGGCCCACACUACACUUCCGUGA